AUGUCUCUACCUACAGCUCAGUUAGGUCGCAACGGCCCUCAUGUCAACCGUCUGGGAUUUGGCCUCAUGGGUCUGUCCAUGUUCUACGGCACACCAAAGCCAGACGAAGAGCGCCUUGAGAUCCUUACACAGGCCCACAAACUGGGCGAGCGCUUCUGGGACUCAUCUGACCUGUACGGCGAUAACGAGAUUCUCCUCGGCAAAUGGUUUGCCGCCAACAAGGACAAACGCAACGACAUCUUCCUUGCCACAAAGUUUGCUGUUGACCAGAAGACUUUCCAAACCGACAGCUCACCAGAGCACGCCAAGAAAGCCUGCAGUGCCAGUCUUGAGCGUCUUGGCCUGUCACAGAUCGACCUGUACUAUUGCCACCGUGUCGAUGGAAAGACACCAAUCGAGAAGACUGUUGAAGCCAUGGCCGAGUUGAAAAACGAGAGAAAGAUUAAGUACCUUGGACUGUCAGAAGUGUCGUCUGAUACUUUGCGUCGCGCACAUGCCGUACAUCCCAUCUCCGUCGUGCAAGUCGAGUACUCACCAUUCGCGCUAGAGAUCGAGAGCAAGCAGAUCGAUCUUCUCGCGACUUGUCGGGAGCUGGGCGUCGCAGUCGUCGCCUACUCUCCCCUCUGCCGCGGUAUUCUCAGUGGUGCCCUGAGGUCUCCAGACGAUUUCGCCAAGGACGACUUCCGCAGCCAGAUGCCCCGUUUCAGCGCAGAAAACUUCCCCAAGAACUUGAAGCUUGUUGAUCAGAUCACCGAGUUGGCGAAGAAGAAGGGUGUCGAGUCCAGCCAGUUGACGCUUGCGUGGUUGAUGGCGCAGGGCGACGACAUCUUCCCCAUCCCAGGUACAACGAAGGUCAACAGGCUCAAGGAGAACUUGGGUUCGUUGGAUGUGAAGCUGAGCAAAGAGGAGGAGCAGCACAUCAGGAAGGCCUGUGAAGAGGCGGAUGUCAGUGGUGAGCGCUAUGCUCCACAAAUGAUGGCCCAGUGCUAUGCGGACACUCCAGCUUUGGAAUGA